UUUACGAUGCCCAAAAACCCAGUGAACGUGACAAACCCCGGGAAAGCGGUAGAUGUAUAGCGAUGAAUAUGGUUUUUGCUGUUUUCUUUUCUUUUGUCUUGUGCGCUCGAUAGAGGAUGCGAUGCACCAGCAAAUAUUUGUUCAGAUGUGGAUUUUGGUACUUACACUUAGUCUAAUCAUCUGUGCCGAAAUGCAACUACAGGUCCCGAAGAUUUUAGCGGCUGCAGCCGCCCCGGUCAACAAGAAACAGCCACUCACUGUCGAAGAGAAACGCAGUCAGAUUCGCGAAUGGGGUGGCCAGGGUCGGAUUCAGAAAAUUACGGGCGUGAUUUGCGACCCCCCGGUGUCGUCGCAGCACUCGCCUUCCUCUUCGCGUGGUGGACCGCGCAACUACGUCAAGGAGGUCGACGUAGUUCCAAGCACCUUUUCCUCAUCCGUGAAACAAGGCGGAUCCCCUGCGAUCACAGCAAACGCCAACGACCUGCUCUCAUCUUCGCCAGCAUCCUCGUUUCAACCUGCGAAGCGGACCCCGACGAACCUGCCGGACGCUGCGCAGGUGCAGUCGUACUACAAGCAGAAGUUCGACCUCGUGGCAGAGGUCGACGACGAGGAGUAUCAUAUCAUCUCUCCGCAGGAAGCCGGCGACGCUGCAGCCUGGGACGAUAUAACCUGCUCAGGUGUUACAAUCUCAAACGUUACAAUGGAAUCUGAGAUUUGUCUUGCAUGAUGAGCAUGAUCUAGCCAACUCUCAUGGGGUUGCGCAUGAGAAGUUCCGGAGCUCCAAACCCCACUACAAUCUGGGAAAAUUUGUAUUGCAAAAGGUGGAACGCUGUGCGAGUCUGUCAUGCCCAUCAUGCAACACAAAUUCCAG